AUGUCUUACUGUCAAGAAGCUACAACAACAAAUUACUAUUAUAAUACAGACAUGCAAGACAAGCAAAAGAUCCAAUACAUCCUAGAUGGCACACACAGCGAUACCAAGAUACCCCAGAUUGUAAAUAAUAAUUCCACAUCCACUACAUCAUCCUCCACCACAGUAAAUAGCAAUAACUUUCAAUUUAUACAUUACAAAGACCCACAAGCACAACAACAAUCACAGCCAAGUAGGCUUCUCACAUCAUCUUAUCAAGAUAUGCAACCAGACACUCCUCCCUUAGAGGAUGCUCGACCACCACCUACAGCAACUGAAUUGCAAUACAUUAAACGCAUUCACACACUGAUGAACCUCGUAGCUAAACAAACCAAAGAAAUUCAAUCACUUAGAUCCAUCAUUGAAGCUUAUAGUCAAAACGAAAAUAAUGAUUGCUGUAGUAUUAAUAGUAGAAAGCGCAAUAAACAAUUCUAG